AUGGAGCGUCAAUUAAUCAACGCGCUUCUGGCUAUCGCUGCAGUUAGCGCCGAUUCGGCCUUGCUCGUCGUCAACAGAUUUGCUCUUUCAUCAACGUUGAGCGUGGUCCUGGCGAUGAUGCCACUCUCCGAUCUGACCGUAGUGGAUUUGUUACAGGGCGCCUCGUUGUCGAUAGCUGAUGCGCUCUUUCCUAUUGUACUUGUAAAUGCCUACGAUGGGCGGUACCAAAGACGCACGAGUCAAGACAAUCUCCCAGACGAGGAUCGGAAGCGCUUCAUUUCACCGUCGCUUCUGUUCCGGAUGCAGCAAGAAUGCGGCAAUUUCUGGUCAAUCCUCCGUCACGUAACCUUCCUAUCGACCGUCUUACUGGUUGCACAUGUCUUCGUAUCCGGGGAGCUGCGAAGCAUACAAGAAGAUUGCUACGUACUGGACGUGGGUAUCCUACGGUGGCUUCUUGCCGCUGGAGGAAUCCUCAACGGAACGGUAUUGAUUCUAAUGGCGCUUCUUACCAUGGCGGCCUCCCCAGUGAUGACGACAUUCCUGGCCGCACCCAUGAAUGCCUUCCAACUCGCCAUCUUCAUGUACACAGGCUUCAAUCACUAUCGAUGGAUCGGCCUUUCAGUCUGCUGGGCUCUUGGUCUGGCCUUUCUUUUCUUCCCAACGAAAGACAACGCCAGUAACUCGACAGCGGCGACGCGCAAGUCCUACUCUUUUGCGCGUAACGUCAUCAUAACGGUGGUGCUGUGCGGAGCUCUCUACUGCAUGAACGGACUUGGAGGAGGGAGUAGCGCCUCCCUAGACAUCGAAGCGCCAACUUGCCAGAAUAGCUCCAGUGUCGAAAGCAAAAUUCCUUGGCCAAAAGCACUGAAUUACACCAGUGCAAUACACGAUGACUACCUCGGUACGCGACCUCACGUGGACACUGUCGCGAACUUGACCUUCCUCGUGGAGCAAUGCAAAGAAAUUGAAGAUGGUGGAGGAGUUGAUGAUGUGGUCAACUGUUUGUCGAUCCUGAAGCACGCGGAAAAUGAGUAUUUCUCCAUUCCCAAGAAGGGCCUGAACGCUCGAGCUAGCGAGCCCGACGUCGAGGUAAACCAUCACGGCCAUGCCAUCGCGGAAGAUGGGUCACUGGUCAAUCAUCAUGGUAGCUUCGCAGCAGGGCAGGAUAAGUCGGAUUCAUUCAUUGGCACAUGCGCCGGGCCAGUCAUCCCAUUCCACGUCUACUGGACCGGCUCCGCCACUUGGAGAGUCGAGCUUUUCAUCAAAGCAUAUCUCUACACCCAAAAUCUGCCAUGUUCGAGACUCUGGCUGUGGCUGGACUCCGAUCUCGACGCUCACGCUGUCGAGAAGAUGCUCUGCGAAGACGCAAUCUUCCAGAGCUUUCGACCUCUCGUCGCCCGCGGAGACAUUGUGCUGAAAAGCUGGACUUUCCCGGACCGGGUACCCCUUGCCCGCGAAAGCGCAGGAAUCGCCUCCACACCGGACCUACGGCCAAGCAUGGUCACCGAAGACGGCGAGACGGUCCUCGCCAACGGCAUAGUCAUGGACGCCUACGGCCAGCAAUGGCUCAACCUCAAGUCCCCCCACGCCUCCCUCGCCCCGGUCCAAGUAUCCGACGCCGUCCGCUUCAUCGUCCUGCACCUCCACGGCGGCGUCUACUGCGACAUGGAUGUCCUCCUCCUCCGCGACAUGCGCCCACUCCUCCUCCCAGACCCCACCUCCGGCUCCCGCGCCUUCGCCGAACAGUGGGUCGAGCGCUGCGCUCCGUACGACUACAACACCGCCGUCAUCUCCAUCCCCGCCAACUCCUCCCUCUCAUCCUACCUGCUCCGCGGCGGUGUGCGAAUGGGUAUGAACUUCCACCCGAGGGUCAUUGGGCGCAUGCUCUGGGAUGAUGGAAAGGGGGACGAGGUCAAAAUGCUGCAUAAUGCGGUUUUUGACCCUUUGGUUACGAAUUUGAGACGCGAGGGCACGGGCACGUGUACGAUGCCUUGUCAUAAGAAUUUCGAGAGUGCGUUCAUGGGGGAGGUGGAGGAAAAGGAGAACGAAUGGAGUAACUACCACGGGGAGGUGGUGGAGGGACUUCAGGGAGAGGGGGUGGUGGGGAAUAGGAGUUUGGGGAAUUUCUUUAAGGGGGCGUGGGCUUAUCAUAUCCAUAAUCAGACCGCUGACGGCGUGCACAGUGGUGGAAAUUCCCCGAACCGACCUCCUGGAUGGACGUCAUCACGCGGGCUCAAGAUGGGUAUUUCGCCGGCUUCAGGACCAACGCUUACGGCGAGUGGUGGCAAGGGCCGGUGUUGGAGGGCUAUGAUCGAGAGAGGUGGUAGAGGGGAGGGGAUGGCGUUGGGCUUUGUCAACUCGGAUGGCGGAUCGGGAAUCCAGAUGCUUUUUCAGACUUGGAAAGGAAAGUCUGGAAGAACGCUGGCCUUGGGGGAGCCCGAGCACGUGCGUGCUUUUAUGCAGUCAGGUGUGGGGUGGUGGGGAAUAAGUCACGCACAUAAGCCAAUCCAAUCUAAUCCUACCCCCUCCCUCGCUCGCACCCACCACAACAUCUUACGCACCGGUCGUGACGAUCACAGUAAUGCCUAUAUAUAUCCUCCACCCACUACAAAUAAUAUCGUAACAAAUAAGGAUUUGCUCAUUCCGAAAGAGUAUACAGCCAUCACGCGAUAA